AUGAGUUCCACACCAAAAUGGUAUUGUCGCAAUAAAUCGCAACCAAUGCAAACCUUUGCUGAACUCUCAAAGCUGGGCAACGAAUUGAGGCGCAUAACCAAACGUUUGGUCAUAGAUGUCAAGGUGGACAUUUUUACGGAACAUGACUCUUUACUGGAGGAAUGCGAAAGAAUUGUGGAACAAUAUUGGAGUUUAAAGGAUCAAUCGAACAACAAGGAAUUUCAAUCCUUAUCGAAGAAGAUCAAACGUAGUCCUUAUAAUGCUUUGCUAAUGCAAAAGUUUCGCACUAUUAUCGCGGUGAAUGAUCGACGUUUUUGUCAACUGACUUUUGUGCUGAAGAAGACGGUUUGUUAUCUGCUAAAAAAGUCUCUACAAUCUGAGGUUUGGUUAAGCUGGGCCUUGCAGAUAACCCAACUUUAUAAUAAAUGUCGAAAACCUUUGCUGGUGGAAGAUGUGGGCGACAAUGGAGAGGCAAAAAAAUCCGCCGAUGAACAACUAAAUGCCAAUAUAUGCAGUAAUAUGUAUCCCGCUCUAUUGCUGCCCUAUAAAUCCAUAGACUUUCCAUAUGUGCUGCAGCUGGCUGCCCAACAACGCAUUGAACAAAACUCUUUGGAUCUCAUGUUUGGCCUCUUCAAUAUGGGUGACCAAGAAGCGUGGCGUGAUAAUACAGCCAGUGAGUCGAAUUGUUCUAGCUUGGAGAUUUUGCGCAUACUCACCUUAAAUCUUACCGGAGAUGGGGAAUUUCAACAAUACUUAAAUGAUAAUAAUCGGGAUUAUGCAGCCUUGGCCUUAGAUACCGAUGGCGCCCGAUCAUGCAGUGCCCAGCGUGGUUCUACGGUCACCUUGCGCAGUAAACACAUUGAGUAUUUUUUGCAGACUGAACGAAGCUUUGUGGCACAAUUCAUACAGAAGGCUUUCGAUAUAUGUCCGACAAUAUUUGGUCAUUCUAAUCAUGAAGAUCUUCAUGAAUAUGUUUUAAAGGGCAUGCGUCUGAUGUGGUCCUAUGUGGGCAUAAUUUUGGAUCACAUUAUUUUGUGGUGGAUAGACACCCCCAUAUCUUGUUACUCUCUUACGCAUGUGGAUUCAAUACGAAGUUGGUUAUAUUUGGCAAAUGUCAAAGAUAUACCCGAGCCUGUCUAUUCUACUUUGCAGGGCAUUGGUGAGAUUCUAACAAAUUUUGUUAGCAAUAAUUUGUGGGAUCGUUUAUUUCGUUUAACUCUCAUAUCGGCCACAGCCCAUAGGCGAACUUUGGAACUAUUUUUGGAACAAUACAAGCAAUCACCCAAAAAUCAAUUUGGCACCCCAACGGGCACCGUGUGGAUAGCCAUCUUUACAAAUCUUAUCAACUUGAGUAACAAUUAUUUUCAGAACUCGGAUUUUAGCAAUUCCAGUUUACUGCCCGUCUCUGAACAAAUUCCCAUAUUGCACAGAAUAGAUCAUUCUGUCCACUGCAUGCGUUUGUGGGUUAAAGAGGAGGCCAAACGCCUCUGCAAUGAAUGGAAAAUGGAUCGUUUCUUUCAAAUCUUAGAACAUGAUGUCAAAUUAUGCCUACAAGCCUUUGUCAAUUUUAAGCUGCCAAAACUAACUGCCGAUUUAACCGAUAUUUUGAUGUUGGUUUGUGUUGCCCUCAGAACGAAACUGAUAUGUGAGAUAAAUGCCAAUAUUGAUAAGUUAAAGAAAACCACCGAUGAGUGUGUUCAAGUUCUCUCCGAUGUUUGUCGCCUUCUCAGUUUGGCCAAUUUCACUUUGUGCUUUCCCUCCGGCUCUUAUUGGCAGCGUAACUCCUAUGACAAUGAGAAAUCCAGUGAGUAUGUGGGUCAUGUACUCGAUCAGAUUCUCUUGCCCUGCAUAAAGGCCACCAAGGAUGUGGUCAUUCUAAAAUUGAUUAUGAAAAUCAUAUGCGAGGCUUGGCUGGAUCAUAUCUAUCAAAAGCAUAUACGUUUUAGUGUCAAUGGAGCGGUACGGCUGCUCAAUGACUUCGAUGAUGUGCGUGAAUGGAUACUCAGCUGUUCUCUGCUGGAGCAAAUGCAUUUGGAUAAGCUAAGCAAUCAUGAGGUGUUGCGCAUGUGCAAAGGUGUGGGCAAGAUAUUGCUAAGGAAACCAGAGGACAUAAUAGCCAUAUCACAAUCGCCGACAUUUGAAAAGAAAACGGCUGAAGAAGAUGCUGCGCCCCAGGAAACCCAACUGCCUUCGGAGAUGUUUGUCUCGAAUCAAAAGAAUUGGCUGCAGUUGAGAGCCAAUAAAUCGAACUUUCUUUUCUUUCCCAUGUGUUGUGGGGAUACGAGCAUGUAGAAAUGUGCUAUGACAAGAGAGAGAGAGAAGUUUCUUUGAGAUUAAAUUUCAAAUCCAUAGUUUACGAACUUUUUUGACAGUCAAAAAUAUGUUUAAGUCUUGCAAAGCUUUAUAAACCGUAUCGGCUUCAUUUAUUGCAUUUGU